UCGUUUAUUGCAAGUCGCUCUUUGUGAUCUCGUACGGGUGACGGCGGCGACAGGUCGUCCUUCUUCGGUACCGGACGGUAGGUGGAGCUGGCUCAUCAUCAGUCUCAGCCUCCUCUCUCGAUUGUUAGGCUCUCAUUCAUCUUCUCCGGCAGCGCCGGCAAAGAGUGACUGCAUCGUGCCACCGGAUUCCUGAUUCCAGUGUGUCCCAACAAGCGAAAGCCGGGAAUUAGAUUUCUUUUCAUUUUCUAUUGCCACCAAAAAAGAGUAUGGCAAAGUUGGAGGAGAUUGAUACAGAGGAAUAUGAGAAGAUAAUAGCAGCUAACCAAAUGAAGAGGAAGAAGUAUAGCAUCAUAAUCCCCACAUACAAUGAGCGUCUCAACAUUGCUCUUGUCAUCUACCUUAUCUUCAAACAUCUUCAGGAGUUUGAGUUUGAAGUCAUUAUUGUGGAUGAUGGAAGUCCUGAUGGUACUCAAGAAAUCAUAAAACAGCUACAGAAUAUCUACGGCGAAGAUCACAUUCUACUACGCGCAAGGCCAAAGAAGCUUGGUCUAGGAACUGCUUAUGUUCAUGGAUUUAAUCAUGCAUCUGGAGAUUACAUAAUAAUCAUGGAUGCAGAUCUCUCCCACCAUCCAAAAUACUUGCCCAGCUUUAUCAGGAAGCAAAUGGAAACUAGUGCAAGUAUAGUUACAGGAACCCGUUAUGUCCGACAUGGCGGUGUGCAUGGAUGGAACCUUAUGCGUAAACUAACAAGUAGAGGCGCAAAUGUGCUUGCACAGACACUUCUAUGGCCAGGUGUAUCCGACCUAACUGGUUCCUUUAGGCUUUACGAGAGGAGUGCUUUUGAAGAUGUCAUAAGUUCAUGUGUGAGUAAAGGAUAUGUCUUUCAGAUGGAGAUUAUCGUUAGAGCUAGCAGGAAGGGCUAUCACAUUGAAGAGGUUCCCAUAACUUUCGUUGACAGAAUUUAUGGAAGCUCAAAACUGGGUGGAUCUGAAAUAGUCCAGUACCUAAAAGGUCUGGCGUACCUGUUGCUCACAACCUAAACGUAGAACAAAUUGGCGAGCACUCUUGCUUUCAACUUAGUCUCUGGCAUUGAUCGUAACUUCAGUUUCACACCUUUCUGUUGGAAAAUCAAGAAACACAGAUUUAGAUUAUCGCUGUCCAGACCUAUUAUCUGCCAUCUACAGUCAAAACUCAGCAUCCCUUGCAGAUGCAUUUUCUUUUCCACACUACUUGGAUGAAGAAUUCAAGUAUACACUUUUUGAUAUGCGUCCAGUGGUUUUUUUUCCUCUUGUCAUAAAUUUGUCUACUAGAAACAAAUUUGAGUUUCGUUAUUUGCGUUGUAAUAUAUAAACAAUAACUUUCACAUUGUUUACUGCUGUUUUCAUUCCAAUCAAUCUCUCUGUCUGUCUAUUCUCUUUUAAA